AUGGAUGAUGGAACAUACGAAGAACGCGCAAAGGGCCGCUGCCUGGAGGUCGCCAGGGCGCGUCUGGAGCUGGCGCUGGACGCGGCAGCAUGCGAACCGCCAGCCGAGCGCGAGGUGCUGCACGACCACCCAGCAGCCCCUCGCAUCCAUCAUCCCCACCAGCUUGGCUUGGUGUCGGCAGGGUCUUCGCGGGCCCAGCAAUCGGCACCCGCCUCUGGUGGAGUACGCCGCAUGCGUUGGACCACCCAGAUGAAUCAGAACGCAUUGCGGGCGUAUUUUAGGGCGAAAGGGGGAGAAACUGGAGGUUUGGCGUAUCGGGCUAGGAUGCAGCGUCUUUUUGCUGAGCUGGAGCCAUCUUUAACCGUCACAGAGCAAAACCUGGCAGACCGAGUUCGGUAUAUCUUGCGCGCAAAUAUAUUUGAUGGCGCCGAACUCGAACGGCUACGACGUGAGGCUGUUCCCUCGUCGGAUGAGAACGCUACGGCUGAGGGUGCGGUGCCACAAAUUGCAGAGCAACCCGCAAACGUGGAUGCCGCCGUGAAUACCCCAGUGUGGUUGCAGAUUCAAAUGAUGAUGGAACAUUCGCCCAGGAACUGGAAAUAG